CUUAAUGAUGGCCUCAGCAUCACAGGUUUUUCGUGGAGUACCUGUGCGAAAUUAACGGCCUGGACGAGGCGGCGGUAAACGACCGCCAGUUCAGCAACUCCUUCUUCGCCUACCUCCGCGUCAGCCACGGAUUCGACAGCUACACCUCUUUGGGCGUCGAGGGCAUGGACACUGGGCCCUUCGCGGAUUGUCCUAUUUGCGCACGCCCGCCAACCGAAGACGCAGGCGCUGAUCCGGCGGCGACACCCCAACCCACACCCUCGCCCGCUUACCGUCUUGGCGUUUCCAUGGACGCUGUCACGAAGCUAAGCCACUACGCUGGAUGCGGGCAGGCAUCUCAGCACGUCGGGCCGCUUGUGCAGCAGUACUUUGGCCCCGUUGACAACCAAAUACACUCCCUCCACGCCAGCGGCAUGCUCAACCUAGCGUGGACAUUUCGCAAAGAUUGCGAAGCGUGCCGUACCGACGAGCUUUUGAAUUGUUUCCGCACCCGUUGAGCACCCAAAAUGCAUAUUAUGACUUUAGAGACUUUACAGUACCGUAUGCAGUUUUGUUAAGUAACAACCACAUCUAAAGCCGAGACCUGGUGCUGCAUCGGAGCUGACACAGAAGGUGAUUAAGCGAUCAGCCCUCUGUCCAGUCUAACAAACCUGUUGUAAUUGAGGAGGCC